AUGAAGCCUGUAAUGACCCAAGAUCCGCCUCCCUCGCAACCCCAACCAAAAUCAAAACAUCGUCCACAUUCAGCACAUCUAUCUUCCACCCAACACCCGUCAUCUUCAUCAUCAUCAACGAGUAAUCCCAAGCAGCAAACAUCUACCGAACCACUAGGCACAACUUCACCACCCUGCAUCCCAAAACCCGCGUCAAAAUCACGAACAUCGCCCAAAAACACACGUCGAAAAUCAAAGAUAUCGCUGAUACCAUCUAAUGAACAUCAAUCUCAUACGCAAUCACAUGCACUAGUACCACCACGUCCAAAACUACCCACGUCAGUGCCCAAACCACCGGUGGAUUACGCACCGUCGAAACAGAUAUAUGUUGCAGCGCUCGCACAACCAAAGUCUGCUCGAGAUGUCUUGUCUGGAACGUCGGGUAGUGCUAGUAGCAGUAAUAGCAGGAUUCCAUCAGAUUCAACUGCUGCUGUUGUAGGCGUGUCUGAGAAUCCCGAGCUGCAGCCAUAUGUGGAUUGGAUGGCGUCUUCGCUGACAGAGUAUGAGCAGAUUGAGGUUAUUGGCGUUGAUCCAGCAAUCCCAAUCGCAGUGUCAACUAUAUUAAUACUAUCACAACACGGCUUCACCCAAACGCGAGAGAUUGAGACUCUGACGAUGGAUGCACCGGAUGGAUCGCCGCGGAGUUGUUUACGGUGUGUUGUGGUUAGGGGGCCUAGAAUUGUGGAGGAGAUUGAGAGGAAGAAGGCGUUGAGUAAGGGGCGGGCUGCGACGACUAGUGCUAAGCCGAUAAAUGUUACGGUUAAGUAA